AUGUUCAAUGGCGCAACCCCGUCCCCGGCAUCGCGCAUGUCUCCGGGCUUCCAUCCUCCAAACUCCGUCAUCCCGUCCAAACGAUCGCGCCCAGACGACGGCUUCCUCAUCUCCUCUCCACGCCAGGUACCCGGGGGCAUCCCUCCUGCCUCCGUCUCGCGCUCCCAGACGCCCCAGCACGGCGCCUAUCCGGGCUACCAGCCGGCCGUCGGUGGUGUCGUCGGUGCCAACGGAGCUUCCCAUUUCCAACCUCAGGCGCCUGCUGGUGCUUUCCAUCCCGGGUUUCAGCAGCCGGCCUCGUCGACGGCCAGUCCGUCGCCUGUGCCCCAGGAUUUCGACGCGCAGAGAGUACAGACUGCCUCGCCUAGUCCGUUCCCAAGUGCUACACAGCAACCCGGUCAGCCGCCAUCAGACCACGGCAGCCGCGUCGCCACACCGCAGGCACCUACUUCCUUUCCUCCCGGACAGCCCUUUCCAGAUCCCGCGCCUCUUGUGUCGGGACGUCCUAUCGUGCUCAUGCAGCUCUACGCGACAGUCAUGAAGCUAGGUGGUUCCCAAAAGGUAACCAGCACCAACGCUUGGCCAGUUGUGGCUCAGCAGCUACAGUUCCCUGCUAUGCAGUAUCCAACUGCCGCGCGGGAGCCCAAGAUGCAGCAACGCUCAAGCUUGAGCCACGCAGAGUCUCUGUCCAUGUCGCCUAACGGACAGAGUAUACCGUCACCCUCUGCGAAAGAAGACGGCCUCGUUCCACAGACUUUCAACUUCAAACAACCUAUACCUGCGGAAUACACGCCCAUGACCCUCCCUGAACCAGCCUUCCACGGCCCAAUUGUAGUCGAUGAGCUGUUCCCACUAGGCGACGAAAUCCUACGCCUAAAACCCUCGGCUCCGCGCUUCCAUGAACUAGGCGUAAUUGACAUCCACGCUCUAACCAUGAGUCUCAAGUCAGGCCUAAUAUCAGAAACUCGCCUGGCUCUCGACACAUUAACUACCCUCUCCUCCGAACCUGCUAUUCACCUCUCUCUCGAAAACUGCGACGACCUGCUCCCUACCCUACUAGAUACGGCCACAGACCACCUCGAACUCUUCUCAGAAUCAAACUUCCCUCUCCUCUCCACCCCGAGUGUCGUUCGCUUCCUUGCUCUCGCCAUUCGAUACAUGGGAACCAGACACCUCUUCCUUCGCACGCAUCAAAAUACACUAGACUUCAUGAAAGAUGCGCUCAUCUUCCUCAGUAAUCUUGCGCACGCCAUGCAUCUACCAGGCCGAGACGAGGCGUUGGCAUUACUCUACUUCCUCCUCUCCUUUGCUCCUUCAACCUCGACGCCGACGUCAGACGACGAACCUCUCAUUUUCCCACCAUACCAACCAACUACCCACCGCUACCUACCUGCAGCAGUAGACAGUCUGGCCAAACUUCUAGCCCGCGAUGACCCCAACCGCACCCUCUACAAAUCCAUUUUCUCUGAUCCAUCCAUCACCGCACCCACAUCCACCACCAACGUAUCAACAAACCUACUAACUCGCGCAUUCGGUCUCGCCAUAUCCCCAAUACCAGAAUACACAAAGGGCAACGUCCUCGCAAUCACAGAGGCACGCAAACCAUUCCUCAUGCAGGGACUUUUAGCAGCAGAGGUAUUAUCUUCUCUCGCUGACCCACCGCUUGCUCGCGCCUGGCUAGGUUCCGCCGACGGCUUCGCAAUCAGUCUCGUCCAUCUUGCUGGCCUCUUGAGCGCCGAACGACCGCGUCAACCUAUGCCGCCCAUGCCUCAGCAUCCACAUCAACACCCACAUGCCCAUGGUGGUAGACCGGAUGAUAUGCAGGGAUACUACACCAUUGUCUCGCGGGCACUAGGUAUUCUGAACAGACUAGGCGGAAAGGUGCGAAAGGGGAAUAAAGGGAAAACCUGCGGACUAGACGUGGGAUACAACGUGCUGCCCAAGAAGGAGAAUAUACUCGGUGCAUUGGUGUCGAGGACCAUUGAUCCAGGCACCUUGAAGCUGUUAUGUGAGUACGAAGGGUUAUCAGGGUAG